AAAGAAGAGAGGAAGAAGGUCAACACUAAGGGACAAUUUACAAGAAGACAAUUGAAAGUCUUGAGAAUUGAACGGAAGUUGGAUAAGGAUGUUCGACUAGUUGAGGCGAAAUACAGUUCAGAGGAAAAGAAAAAGUAUAACAUGUUAGUACUUGAUACCGUCUUCAGAACAUAUUUUAGAAUAUUGAAAACGAAUUUGGAUUCGCCGAUGAUACCUAUGGUACUUGAGGGAAUGGCACUACACACGUAUAAAAUCAAUUACGACUUCUUAAUGGACAUCAUCAAACUUUUAGAACAAUUGCUGACAAAGAAGGCAGAUGGGUUGUGUCCGCUCGAUACUGUGCGAGUCUGUUAUACCAUUUUCAACACGAUGAAAUUGCAAAGUUUCAUGAUCAACGUCGAUAACGUUAAAUUCUAUGACGCGCUCUAUAAGACGAUCGGACAAAUUGCAUUUGAACAAAAGGACUUCAUAGGGAAGGACAACGUGAAGAAUAGAGAUAUGCUUGUUGGGUCCUUGAAAAUAAUGUUGUUGGACAUCAAGACGGUCCCCCCACUCCGAGUGGCGGCGUUUGUGAAACGACUGUUACUCCUUAUGUUGAAUUGUGACGCGUCAAUAGCACUGGAUUUACGAACGGUGAUGACUUACAUGUUUAAGAGGUAUAAAGAUACAUUCAUUAAUAUGAUAGACGAAGAGGGCGAUAUAGCUGAAUUUAACAAUGAAACGGAUCAACCGGACCACUCAAAGGCUGCGGAUUCGUGUUUGUGGGAAUUCGAUUUACUGCGUUACCACAUUAAUCCAGAUGUCAGAAAGUGGGUGCUCGCUGUUAAGGGAUUGCUCAUUAGACACUGA